AUAAAAACCACAGAAGAAGAAGAAGAAGAAGAAGCAGCAGCAGCAGCAGUAGUUUCUUCUCACUGUUAUCUAAGUUAGUGUCUGUGAUGCAGCAAAGGUCUGUCAGCCGCAGGUAAACAUCAGAAGACAAUGAAGACAUCUGUUUCUAGAGGUUCAGUGGCGUUUUGUCGCUUGUUUUUCUUCAUUUGUGCUGUAAACGUGUCGCGGGCUCAAAUCUACUCUGCGCUCUACGAUGAGAAAACAUCCCGUCUGUUCCUGAGAGAGGGGCUUCAGCCGGGCUCUGUCGCUGUCGCCAACUUCACAGACCACAUCAGUAACACGGGGUGGGCGUAUCUGGAGGUCAGCACCAGCGGUGGUUAUAAUGACACGCUGCAGGCGUACGCUGCUGGAGUCGUGGAGGCUGCCGUCACCUCACAGCUCAUCUACAAGCACUGGAUGAACACACUGAUGGGUUACUGCGGCCCGUUCUCUCACGAUGUCAGCUACUGCCAGCGGCUCAAAGACUACAUCACCAGCAACCUGCAGUGGCUCACGCAGCAGAUGGACGCGCACGCAGACGCCCCGUACUGGCAUCAGGUGCGUUUGUCUUUGCUGCAGCUGCGAGGUCUGGAGGACGGCUACAAUGGCCAGAUUGAGUUUCCGACUGGAAGCCUUUCCAUCAACCCCUUUGGCUUCCUCCUUUUCCAGAUGGGUGGAGACCUGGAGGACCUGGAGGCGGCGCUGAACAAGUCCAGCCAGUCUCGCACCGUAGGCUCCGGCUCCUGCUCGGCUCUGAUCAAGUUCCUCCCGGGCCUCAAGGACCUGCUGGUGUCACAUGACACCUGGAACAACUACCAGUCAAUGCUGAGGAUACUGAAGAGAUACAGCUUUACUUACCGCACGUCUCCCACAGAAAAGGAGAUUAUUCCUGGCAGAAUCCAGGUGUUUUCCUCCUAUCCGGGCAGUAUUUUCUCAGGAGACGACUUUUAUUUGCUCAGCACUGGUCUGGUAACUUUGGAAACCACCAUAGGCAACAGUAACGCUGAGCUGUGGAGAUUCGUUCGGCCCCGUGGUGCUGUCAUGGAGUGGCUGAGGAACAUCGUAGCCAAUCGACUUGCUCAAAGCGGUCAAGCAUGGACUGACAUCUUCAGCAAGUACAACAGCGGAACGUACAACAAUCAGUGGAUGGUGAUCGACUACAAGGCCUUCGUCCCGGGCCAGGGAUACACAAAACAAGGGCUUUUCACAGUUUUGGAGCAAAUACCUGGAAUGAUCGUGACAGCAGACAAAACUGAAGAGCUGUUUCAGACUGGCUACUGGGCCAGCUACAAUAUCCCGUACUUUGAGAAGGUGUUCAAUGCGAGCGGAGGGCAGGAGCUGGUUCAGAAAUACGGGUCCUGGUUCUCCUUCAGUGACAAUCCGAGAGCGCAGAUUUUCCGCAGAAACCAGUCUCUCGUUACGGACAUCGAGUCCAUGGUGCGUCUGAUGAGGUAUAAUAACUACGAGGAGGACCCUCUGUCGCGCUGUGACGGCUGUGACCCCGCUCAGAACGGGGAGAACUCCAUCUCGGCCCGCUCGGACCUGAAUCCUGGGAACGGCUCGUAUCCGUUCGGGGCUCUGAAGCAGCGGCCUCAUGGUGGCACAGACAUGAAGGUGACCAGCGCUGACAUGUUCAGCCGGCUGGAGCUGGUGGCGGUCAGCGGCCCCACGUGGGAUCAGGUGCCCGUCUUCCAGUGGAGCAGCUCGCCCUACAGCACACUCCUGCACAUGGGCCAUCCGGACCGCUGGGCCUUCCAGCCCGUCCACGUCAGAUGGUCCACCUGAACACCUCCAUCACCUGUCCAGUCCCUGAUCAUCCACGUGAUGACCACAGUCUCAAGAAGAGAAGAGCCUAGGAAACCAAUGUUUUGAUUAAGAGAAGCGUUAUGUGACUGCUGUGUUCUGGAAGAGUGUAAUGUUCCUCUGAAAUGUUCUGUGUCUGUGGAAUGAGAAUCAGUCGAGACGUCGUGAUUGUUCUGCUGCUGCUUUGAAUUUCUCAACUAAGCCUUGCACAUGAAAAAUAUGGAAAUUGUGUAAUAAUUGUGUAUUCAGACUAUGGCCAUUAUUCUGUUUUCUAAAAUGUAAAAUUGAGAAUAAAAAUAAAAUAAAAUGUAUCAUAAGUAUGAAAGCA